AGGAUGGUAGGAUGUGUUUUUGUUUAUGAUUCUAUUUGUGUACAAAGAUCGAGAAUUGUGAUGUGAAUGUACGGUUCUGGUCAAAUGGUUACAACGAAAAUGUAAGGUUCAGAGCCCUUUGAACUUUCGAUUUAUAUCGGUGUUCAAAUUAUGAACCUAAUUAAUUGUUGUAACAAGUAUUAUUCUCUUUAAUCGAACUACAGUUGAAGUCGGAAUUGUGGAUCAGACUGUCAGGCAGUUCCGUCUCCAUAUAAUUAUCUAUUAGCCUAAUCGAUCAUCCCCGUUAUGAACGUUAUGAACCUUUCAUUCAGAGUCUAUUGGACUGGGUAUAUAAGGAAGUACAGUGGUGAAAUAACCCCUCAUUCUCAUUCAUUGCAACUGUCGGCAAAGUAAAGGUACUGAGUGCUCGCAUAGACAACCCUAUCAGGAUUGCGAUCAAGAAAAGAGCUUGGUGUUGCAGUGUGUUAUGAUGCAAAGGGAGAAGACAAGGAGGAUGUGACUGUUUGAAAUAGUUCUAAACAAUAUUAAAGGACAAGAUGGUUUUGGAUCCCUAGAAAGAUACUGGAAUGCUUUCAUAUUUCCUGGAAAGAAACAUUGUGUUGAUAUAAGGCUUGCGACAAGACUCAGUUAUGCGCCACAAUGCAGUGGAGGGAAGGACACCAGCAGACACAGCAGUGGUCCUAAAGGAAGAAAGCUCUAAGCUUACAAUCAGAAAACAGCACCAUGACUCAGCAGUUAAAAAGGAAACUAAACUGUCCAACACUGAGCAUGUGGUGACAAGCCUGAUAGCUGGAGCAAUAGCAGGUGGAGCUGCCAAAACCACAAUUGCUCCUAUGGACCGCACAAAAAUAAAUUUUCAAAUCUCGGAGUCUCGGUACUCAGCGCGAGAAGCAUUGCGCUUUCUAAGCAACACUUAUCGAAAUGAAGGUUUGCUUAGUCUGUGGCGUGGUAAUUCUGCCACAAUGGCACGCAUCAUUCCUUACUCUGCGAUCCAGUUUACUGCACACGAGCAGUGGAAGAGGAUCCUUCAUGUGGAUGUCGACAAAACCCACAAGACUUCUUCUUUCACGAGGUUCCUUGCUGGCUCACUAGCCGGUGUAACCUCACAGUCGCUGACCUACCCUUUGGACCUGGCCCGUGCUCGAAUGGCUGUCACUCAUAAAGAACAGUACCGGACAUUACGAGAGGUUUUUGUUAAAAUUUGGUAUGAAGAGGGACCACGCACUUUAUACCGAGGGUACCUACCAACUGUUCUUGGAGUAAUUCCUUAUGCUGGUGUUAGUUUCUUCACAUAUGAUACUCUCAAAAGAAAUUACAUGGAAUAUGCUGGCAGUACUAGCAAACAGGCUGGUCCUCUACCAAGUCUUGCAUUUGGUGCCAUAGCAGGGUUGUUGGGGCAGUCCUCCUCUUACCCAUUGGAUAUUGUGCGACGACGUAUGCAAACCUCACCUAUCUCUGGAAUGCAGUAUAAGACAAUUUUUGGAACGCUCAAGAAGAUAUACAGGGAUGAAGGUAUUAUUGGAGGUUUCUACAAAGGCCUUAGUAUGAAUUGGGUUAAAGGACCAGUUGCUGUUGGAAUUAGCUUUGCUACCUAUGAGUCAAUAUGUGACAUACUGCGUCAGAUUGUAAUGUUAUGUCAUUAGAUCAUCCAGUGUUACAGAAAUACAAGAUUCAUUUCUACUUUCAAAUUUGUCUCAAUGCAGAGUGUUAAAAUCAUGGCAUUAGCAGUUGUCAGUAUUUAUUUUAAAUGAAGUUGUGAACUGCACAAUUGUAGAGCAAGGAAGCGCAGUGUGAUAUGAAGUGAAUUACAUAUUUUAUUACCUCUGCAAAAUCUAUAAAUAUUUCUUAAGGGUUCUGAUUCUUUAACUGUAAUUCAAGAAGACAGAGGAAAUGUGAUAAACUUUCACUGCAUAUUUAGUGACUCCGUAAGAAUGUCAUCAUAGCAGGUUGAGCUAAUAUUCUUGUAUUUGUGUGAUGUACUUCCCAGCACCAGUUCCAUGACUAGACAGGGAUGUAAUUUGUAAUUUAUUAUGAUUUACUAGUUCAGUUUUUCAAAAUAUGCUAUGAAAUAUUUUUUGUCUAUGGCAUUGCAUGUUUGGUUUCAAGGACCUGUGGUGAUAUAAUUAUGGACUGAAGUGGCCAGAUUUUUUUAUUUUUUACACAUCUAACUCACUCACUCACUCCAUUGAGCUCCCUCUUUGGCAAUGUAAUAGUUCGACUCAAGAAAUCUUGAAAAUGUCCUGUAACUCUUAAAUUGAUUACCAUGUUCACAAGACCCAGCCACUUGUUUGUACCUGGAGCCAGAUUAAUGCAAUACACAUUUUCCAAUCCUUUUUCCUUUACAAGCCAUUUUAAUAUUAUCCAUCCAACUGUUCCUAGGUACUGUUUUAAUGAACCUCUCCUGUAGACUCCUUACAUUUCACAUUCAAAAUCAUGUGUAUGUUUUCUGCUGCUGAGAUUGCUCUAAAGAAUCCAUCCAAGGCCAUGCAUAGCAUUUUACAAAACCAUUUUCUACGCUGAGAAGUUGUUAGCCCAAUGCUCAACCCCCAAGCUACAGGACCACUCCUUACUCACUAUCUAUGACUCCUUAUUCGAUAUAUUCGCAGUUUUAUCCCACCUUUCAUUAUUUGCCAUAUCCAGACAUUCUGUUGCACCAUACUAUCAACAGUUAUAUUCUGCUGGAUGAAUGAGGUGUUCCAGAAAUUAGUGUGGGCUAACAUUUCUAUGCUGUAUCAAAAUUUGGAGAGGUCUGUUUCAUUGGGUUUUUAAAAUAUUCUGUGAAAAUGUAAGUUACUGACACAUGUUGUCUCCAUGUGGUGUGUGGACAACCGUCCCCAAAAUUGUACUAAAUUUAUAUUUUAAUAUUCAGUAUAAGGUUUCUGUCUAAUGGCUUUGGGAAUAAAUGAUUGUGGAAUAUCUGCAGUUAGGCUGCAAAUAUCUUUUUGGACUGUACAGCUAAAAGACUUACCAGUAUUGUACACAUGUUAGUCUUGUACUCUUUAGUUGUCAAGGUUAUUCACUAUCUCCAGUCUGCUGUAUAUGUGUAAUCUUUCCAUCCUUAAAAAGGUACAAUAUGAAGUGAUAUAUCAGGCUAUACCAAAUUAUGUUGUUGCAUCUUAAAUUAAUUAAUGAACAAAUCUAUUAUACAUGACUGGAAACAUGCUCUUGGCAUACAAACUUCCAUUUAAUAAAGUACUCCAAAUGAAAGAAUAAUAUACAUCAACUGUUUGCCCUUUCCAUUUAAAACAGUGUAUGGUGCUAUCUGUCCAGAUGUUUCUUGAUAUUUGAAUUUUAAAUGAGAAUUUAGUAUGUUUCAUUAUGUUAGAAACGGCAGUCAUUUUAAUUUCUGUUCUUUGUUCUUUGGUAGGGGAGCAGAGGGUUAAAACAGUUGGAGCACUUGUUGCUUCAUGCUGCCAAGGAGUCUGAUAUUAAAAAUUAGUUAAUUAGCAAUAUAGGAUUUUUGUAUACAGGAUUAUUCAUAAGUCCAUGAAACACUUUAAAAAUUCACAACAAAUAAACUAUGCAUCAGAUCAUGGUAAUUCUUACACCAACAGAAUGAAUCUCUCCAAGUUUUUUUUUUAAUGAUUACUUCUUUCAAUAAGACAGCUGUCCGGCUCACUACCACGAAGAUGUGCGAGGGUAUCUCAAUCAAAUUUUGCCACGAAGGUGGAUACGAUGCACAGAACAAGAUGACGUGUUAAUGCGGUGGCCACCCUGAUCCCCAGAUUUAACCCAGUGUGACUUUAUUCUGGGGGUUUGUGAAGGAUACUGUCUUUGUGCCUUCAUUACCUGCUAAUCUCAGGCAUCUUCGCAACCGUAUCACCGCUGCUGUGGCUUUGGUGAACCGUGAUAUGCUGACAUGGGUGUGGGA